AUGCCUGCAGAUAUGCCUUCAAUCUUUCCAUCUGGUUUAUAUUCCAUCGUUUUAACAGCAUUUUUAGCUUUGUUUCCGACCAUCGCUCAUUCAGUCACUCUAGAAUCUGAUUCUGCAGUUCUUAGUUUGCUUAAGCGUUCCAUCGAUCCUAACACAAUUCCAAUAUCUUCGUUCCUCGACACUUGGAAUCUCUCAGCAGAUCCCUGUGAAAGUACAUCACAGUUUCUGGGAAUUUUAUGUACAUACCCUGAAGAAGAAUCACGUCAACGAAUAGUAGCAAUUGACCUGGACAGCUUUGGAUAUGAUGGGGUUCUAACACAAUCAAUAGGAAACCUCACAGAGCUCACCACCCUCAAUCUAGGCAGAAACAAAUUUAGAGGGCCAAUACCGGAUUCUAUUUCUGGUCUCAGAAAGCUCACCACACUUUCUAUGUCAGGCAAUUUCCUCAGUGGCAGUAUCCCCAGAGGAAUAACCAUGCUUAAGAAGCUUGAAUCUGUAGACCUGUCAUACAACACCCUCUCAGGUUCAAUCCCUGCCAAACUUUCUGGACUAAGAAGACUAAUCCACUUGCGUUUAUCACAUAAUGAGCUCUCAGGCAGAAUUCCUGACCUUACAGCGUCAUGGCAGCUUGAUACAUUAGAACUUGACAACAAUCAGCUAUAUGGUAAUUUGCCGAAUUUUCCGGCAAGUUUGAGGACUUUGUCUCUGAGCCAUAAUACAUUAUCAGGGCAUAUUACACCAAUAGGGAAGCUUAAAAACCUCAAAUUACUGGACCUGAGUAAUAAUAGGCUUACUGGUUCCAUUAGACAGCAGAUUCUUAAAUUGUCUCAGGUGGUUCACAUUAAUGUUUCAAUGAACCUCUUCACUGGAAUAGAGGUGGCCAAGUUUGUUGGAAUAGAAACACACCUUCAAGAUUUUGAUGCCCAUGGGAAUAUGAUACGCAGUCGUUUGCCAGCCAACUUAGUCACCGUCAGCAACCUGACUUCCGUUAACCUGGCUCGGAAUGACUUCACCGGGCCGAUUCCAAGGGAAUAUGGGGUGAAAGUGGUCAACUCUUGGAAAAGCUUGUUCUUAGAUCAUAACUUCUUAACUGGAGAUCUUCCACAGGAGUUCAGCAAUGCUAGCAUCAGGAUGAAAGGAAGUCUGGCAAACAACUGUUUAAGGUGUCCUACAAAUGUAACAUUGUGCCUUGGUGGGCAAAGGUCAACUUCGGAGUGCGUUGGGCUGAAUGAUGGCUCGGAGUGA